GUUUGAUCAUCAACAGUCUGAUUCAGAGCUCAGCCGAGGAGAGAGGAGAGGAGAGGACUGAUCUGGAUCUCCAAACAGCAGGCAGACAUGAAAACUCCAACACUUCUACGACGGUAAGAAAAGACAAGAGAAGAAAACACUAUUUUUAUAGUAUUAUUUCAUUUUUGGUGUCAAUUUUUUUUCUCCUGUUUCGCAUUUUUCUUUUUUAUGAUGCAUGAUAUUCUGCGCGAAAUAAUCACAACCUUUUUUGUAAGGGGCAUGCGUCUAAAUGUAGUCCCUAAAUAGUAGAUAUGAAGUAUUUGUGGAGUGAAAACUGCAGUUAAAGUCAUAGUUUGUAGUUUUUCUCCUGUCAGCUCUGUGUGUGUAAGAGAGACCUGCAGGGAGGGGAUGGUUUCAUUUCUGAGGAAACCAACAUGAGAAUGAAUGAGAAAAGAAAACUUAGAGGGACUGUUGAGUCUAGAGUCCACACCCAGCUCAGGCUUUAGUCUCAUCAAAACUCUGUCAAACUCUCAGUGUCUAUUCAUUUCUAGAUUUUUCUGUUUUAUUUUGACGUUUUCAGGGUUUUUUUGUACUUGUCAGGGAAGACAAAAUAAUAAUAAUAAUAAUAAUAAUAACUUUAUUUUGACAGCACUUUUAAAAACUGAAGUUUAGAGUGCUUUGACAAACAGUCGUAAAUAAAAAUAAAAACAAAAGACCUCCGAAUUAAAGGCCAAUUUUAUUUCUCAUAAAAAAAACAGACAAUCCAAGAACCCUACAACAUAAAAUGAGACCAUGAGGACCAAAAUAAAAACAUAAAAUAGAAAGAAAUGUAAAAAAAAAGGGAGGAUAGAAAGCAGGAAACACGACAGUAGAUAUAAAAAGAUUAUAUUAAUAAUGAUAAUAAAACCAUAAUAAAAUAAAAAUGAUGGUUAUAUUAAGGAUAAAAUGGAAUAACAAAAAUGAUCAGGAAAAAAAAACAAUAGAACCAAUAAAAGGCCUAAAAGGUUAUAUAAUAAAAAAUAAGUGUAACAAAGGCUAAAAAGACAGUAAGUGGAAAUAAGAUAAAAGAGGUAAAAGAAUAAAGACGGCACCACAGAAAAGCAAGUCUGUUACAGUGAGUUUUUCAGUUUGACUUAGAGUCAAUAUCAUAAAAAUAACAAUCCUCAUUUGCAGAAGACUUUACAUGUUCUUAAAACAAACCCUAAACCACAUGUCUCUCAGUGUUUUUUUUGUCAUUAACCAGAAAAACUAAUAAACUGAACUCAAAAACAACAAUAAUGAUGAUGAUGAUGAUGAUGAUGAUACAGUCGGAGAGGGAGGAGAUUUACUGUAACACUUUACAGCAAUUGUAACUUAUUAAUGGUAAAAAGACCAUUUAUAGAUGGUAUAUAGAUAGUUUAUUAGUGUUUAAUCAUCAUUUAUAAAUAGCAUAUUGACCAGUAAUGAAUUGUAUAUUUUACAAUUUUAAAAACCUAACCCUAACUUUACAAUAACCAUCUAAGUAAUUAUUAUAGAUGAUUUAAAAACCAAAUAUUAACAUUUUACAAAGUGCUGCUGACACACAUUUUAAUCUAGAUGUUUUACAACCAAAUUUUAACCUUUUAUAAACCUUUAAUAAAUAGUCCAUUAAUAAUUUUAUAAUUUUAUCGCUUGUUAAUGAUAAAGAAACUAUGAACUAACAUUAAUAAAUGAUCUAUUUGCCAUUUAUAACUGGUCUAUCUGCUGUUUUUAAAUGAUGAUUAAACAUUAAUGAACUAUUUUACAUUUAUAAAUUAUGGUUAUUGUAAAGUGUUACCAGAUAUUCAUGUACCAGAUUUAAAAAUCAUGUUUUUAUGAUCCCUGUUAUUCUUUCAGGAUUUUCAUACACCUACCCUGUUUCCUGAUUAGGAGUUUAGUUGGUAAGUAUUAUUCUGUUUUUGAAUCUGAUUGGUCGAGAACAAAGUCACCAGCCUGAAAUAUCACCUUCGCCUUUAUUGCCUCUUUUGUCUCCAGAUUCCUCUCCCCUCUCCUCAUCCCUAAACCCCCUACCCGUCACCUGUGAGGUGGGAAAGCAGGCGGUCCUUCCCUGCAGCUGGAAGUCACGUCUGGGGGAGGUGAACCUGCCCACCUGCUACGUUCAGUGGGAAAACCCACCCGAGACGGUUUUUGAGAAGCAAGGGGAGAGGCAGUUUGAGGCGGAGGCGUUUGAAGGCCGGUUGGAGGUCCCCAAGGAUAAGCUGGAGUCUGGAAACUGUUCUCUGAUCAUCCAUGAUGUGCAGAUGCUCGACACUGGGAGAUACGAGAGCUUCAUGGUCGUGGACGGAGUGAAGUCCACCAAAACCAGGGUCUUCAUUCAGAGCGUCAGGCUGUCUGUGAUUGGUCAGUUCCUGUCGUAUAUCUUCUUUCUUACUCAGUCUCUGAAUUAGUCUUCACGUUUAUAUUUUUACACCUCAGACUACAAGUCCCAUCAGACUCGAGCUCCAGGUCAGGAUCUGGUUCUCGAUCUCCACACAUCUCAGUCCAUGAGGGUCGUGUUCAUGAACAGGUCAGUGUUUGCAGACAAACAGAAGUUUAUUUCCCCAAAACUAAAACUGUUUAUCGGUUUUUUGUCCACACCAUCGUCAUCUUGUCUAAUCCUCAGUUCUCGGCAUAUUCCGAUCCUCAUCUCACACCUUGUUUUCCUCUUAUGUCUGUUCCCACGGAAACGGUCUCUUCGCAUUAAACUGACUCAGACUUUCUGCGACGUCAUCUAAUAAGUCAAAAACCGUUUAAACAAAAAGGAAAGUUUGAAAGAGUCUGGAUUUCGUCUCCUCUGUCGGUUAUUUUGUCAUCUACUGACUCAAACUGGAACGUAAUUGUUUGAGUCAUAAUCGAGCUGCAGUUUCAGGCUGUUAAACAGGAAGUUUAAGACUGACGCUGCUGAAGACCACUCCUCGUUUCUCUGCAGACUUUGUCGUUGGGGGAAAACAGGCGAUCGGUGCAGCGACAGUUGAGUAUGUAAUUGAUCGCACAGUCUGUUAAAUUAGUUUUUUACUUCCAUAAAUUAAAUGAUUCCACUUUUGUGCCCCGCAGUCUCGCACCGCCUCUGAUGGAGUUGAACCAGAAGACCCCCGCGUGAUGUGACGAACACGUACGGUGCGUUAAAGGGAAAUUCCGGCGUAAAAUUGAUCAAGGGUCAAACACACAGUAACUCCGAAUUAGACACCCUGUCAAGAGAUGAAUGUUGCCGACCGCUUGAUUCUCUAGUUAUACCGCUGUGACCGCUGUGUAUUUCUAUCCUGCGGUCGUUACUAAAGUUGGUAUAAAACUAGAGAAGCAAGCGGUCGGUAACGUUCAUCUCUGGAGGGGGUGUCUAACUCGGUGUUACGUGUGUUUGACCCAAACUUAAUUUUACGUGGAAAUAUCCCUUUCAGCUCUCGUGCCCCGCAGUCUCGCACCACCUCUGAUGGAGGUGAACCAGAAGACACUAGCGUGAUAUGGCGAACACGCUUAAGGCGCGUUAAGGGAAACUGGAGCAGAACGUCGACCCGGAAACCUGUGGUGCCGUUUGAUCCUUCACCCAGAGGGAGGCCCAGGACAGAGCUGCCCCCGAAAAAAAGACUUUGAAACUUCCAAGACGCGCAGCGAUGACGCAUGGUCAGGUCAGAUGUGCGGACCUGCAGAGUCACCAAACCUGCCAGCGUGACCACGAAACAUCAUCGUGAUCGUGAUCGUCACCGCCACUGCAUCAGAAGGAUGACACACCCGUUAAAAAGUCAGGAAGAGAGGAGCUCACCAGUCAGCAGAUGGUCCCAUCAGGAGUUGGACGGGGAUUCUUCAUCAGGAGGCACCGUACCUCCAACACAUACAGCCUCAAGAUGAAGAGGAGCCACUGGACCGGCCCAGCUGACCCAGCAGUGCGACUCCCUCAACGCCAACCGCCACAGACACUAAGACAGGUGCCCGCGAUGAGGAAGUGGGUCUUUAACAGGUUAAUGGGUCACUGGGUCCCCGCUGAUUGACUUAGGGAAGCGAUGGCACAUCCUCGUCUGCCUCCCUGCUUCCUGCUGGACUGAACGCCUUUUGUUGAUGUGUUGAGUUCAUGCCAAGCUUGUGCAGUACUCAUCUUUAAAGUGUCAUUAUUGUGAAAGGCUGCUUUGUGACCGUCGACCUCUUAAUGUUGGAAGGUGUCAAACGUGGGACGGCGAAAGAAAACAGAAGAGCUACGAAGAGUGGAGGACUUCUUCGGAGUGACCGUGGGCGUGGCUUUGUCGCUGGAGGUUAUCAUCAACGUGGUCAUCUGUUGGGUUACACCUACAUUUCCAGGACGCUGCAGCACUUCUACGUCAGAGACACGGUAGACACCAGACUUCAUACUGAGACUUUGGUUUGGUUUUGGUCCUCAUGAGCUGCCGCCUUCGUUUGUGUAGUUUUUCUCUCAGUGAUUUUACUUUCAGCAGAAACAAGACGAGAGAUUUUUCGGACUAAACUGCUGAGAGAUCGAACUGUUGUUGUUGUUGUUGUUCUGAACGAUUGCCAGAAAGUUGGGUGUAGAAAAGACCCAAUCACACAGAUGUUGACAACUUCAACACGAGACGUCGAAAAUGAUCCGAUUUCUUUAACUGGCCUUUUAAAAUCGGUGACACGUGAUUUAUUUCUCUUAAAGCUCCAAUGAGGAGUUUUUGGAUGUUUAGGAUUUAGACUAAAAUUCACAUUUCAGGGGUUAGGGGUUAAAUGACACAUUUGACUAUGAAGAGGACAAGAGAAGAGAAAACCAAUUUGUCCACAAGGGGGCGCCAAAUGACAGAGAGAGGAGAGGAGCUUUAAACUCGACCAUCAGUGAAGAAAUUAAACUUCGAUUUAACUUCAAAUAAAAAAAAAAACCACACAUUCCUGCUCCCAAGAAGAUGAACCAUUUUUGAGGUUUUCCACUCGCACUUUUAAGACGGUCUGAUUUGGCGAAUUUCACCGAACAAAUCCUGUUGACGCUCAUUUAUCUUGCUCUCCAGAGAGCGAACCCUGAAAUAACUCGCUGAAUCAUUUUGAUGUUUUCUUUAACCCUUUUCAGAUUUUGUAUUCUGUUUUUCUUUUUUCAAAGUGAGUUUUUGUCUCAUUUCUGAUCUCACGGUUUUCUCCAGGACCAGGUCUGAGUGGGCGGUGCUGUGGAUGAGGGAGGACGGAGACAAUCAACGUUUCCAGAAACAUCCGCUGAGAGAGGAGCUGGUGAUGACGGGUUUAACGCCCGCAGACGAAGGGACGUAUAAAGUCGUGGAUAAACACGGUCUCGCCGUCAACACUGUGCAGCUCUCGGUGAAAGGUCAGAAUCCUGUUUUACUGAAUCCCUUUGGUCGGAUCAGUCAGAUGAAAUGAAAACCUUCAUUCUUGGAGAAAAUCAAUGCUGUAUUGAUUUGUUCCUGUCAAGAGUGUUAUUCAAUGGUCAGGUGACGAUGAGUCUCUGCGCUGAUAAAAGUUCAGAUGUGAACUUUUCCCUCAAAGUUUGAACAGAAACUCAAAUCCUGGAUAAAAAGUGAUCACACUGAGAUCUUCAUCUGGGAUCCAAACUCAGGGUGAACAAACUUUUGCCUUUUUAUCUCCUAUCAGGAACUUUAGAGAGUUGAAUUUAAACGAAUAAAGUCACAUUUACAGCGAAUACUGAGUCAUUUGACUAAAAUCGAAACACAGAAAUAUGGACAUUUCUGCAAAUUUAUGAAAGAACAGAAACUGAAAUUUCACAAGUUUUCAGACCUUCGAGUAGAAGCUUCCCUUUGAGCUUCAGAGUCCUCUUAGGAAUGAAGCAACAAGUCCUUCACACCUGGAUUAUUUGGGGAUCCUCUCCAGUUCUGUCAGUUUGUCUUAAACCAGGUCUAGCAUCUCAGGAGAGACCUGAAAACGUUCACCAUCCAACCUGACAGACCUGGAGAGGAUCCCCAAAUAAUCCAGCUGUGAAGAACUUGUUGCUUCAUUCCUGAAUUCUUUGUCCUCUUUCACAGAAGGCUUAUCAUUACCUGGAACAUCCCAAAGGCAGGAAAACCGAGAACUAACAGGUGAGAGAGUUCAAAAUGAAGAAUGGAAUCAGAUGGAUUGAUUGAAUCUGUAUUUACCUCUCCGUCUUCUCCUCCUCCUCCGCGUCUUUCAGGUGGUGCCUCCAAAAACUUCAGUUCAGCUCUUCUCUUUCUGUCGGUUCUGGUCACAGUUUUCCAGAGAAAAUAUAAUCUUUAAAAUAAUAACCACUUAUGAAUGUGAACUCUGAGUUGACUAACCUGAUUAUGAGUCCAUGUUAAAUGCACUGUCAGUUACACCACUGUGUGUCUGGAGUUGGGUCGGGAUGAUCGUUCAGACGAGUCAGGUAAGCUCAGGUGUGUUCAGGCGGCCUGUUCAAGAGGAUUAUCUGAAGAUGUUAGUUAUUAUUAGUACCUGAUAUUUGGAGGUUUAAGGUUUCCAUCAGGUACAGAAAAGUUCUCGAUUACACGUCUAAAAAGAUCAAAUCAGUUUGAAAUUAUUUUAGAUGAACCGCUGCAGGCUGAGGAAGUCGAUCACAGCGGUUAUUAAACCUUCUGUACCUGUUGGUCAUUCAGACCCACAACAAUCGUUAAGGUCUUUAUUAAAGGAGGAGGAGCCCGAGUCAGAGAGGUAGAUUUACCAUCUCAGCAAAAAAAGAGGAUGUUUGAGGAGUGUUGAUUUUGUGUUUGUGAAGAUGUCGGUCUGUUCUGGGAGGAAAAGUUUGACAUGUUUUAUGUUGGUGGGGUCAGUGAUGUGACAGUAAGACGAGGAUGGAAAUAUACAAGCUGGCCUGACUUAAUCUGUAGUUCAGAGAUGAACCAAGAGGCACAUUUUUCGCACUUUAUUUUCCUGUUUUGUUUGUAUGACCGCGGAGGUGACGCUGGUUUCUAAAGUGGGAUUUUGUGUUUUAGGAAACAGCUGAACUUUGAAUCCUACAGAAGAGGAUUAGGGCCACUGAAACAAACAAAAAAACACAAAACAAACAAAAAAACACAAAACAAACAAAAAAAAGGUCAG